GAUUUCGAAUACUCACUUAGUCACUUGCACUGCUAAUCGACAGUACAGUUCCAGGUACGCACCAAUAAGGUGGACGUUAGAGUUGGCCGUAUAGAUACAUAAUAACAUUCCAGAGAGAAAUCGUGGCUCCCAGAAACCGUUGGAAGUUUUCCGUGGUAGAUCAACUCGCAGCCACACUAGCGAUGGCGACAGUACCCGUAUAUUCACCCGUAGUGCCGUUUUUGGGCCUCAUACCGGGUGGCCUUCGUCAUGGAUCAAUGGUGCGCAUCAAGGGUAUCAUCAACAACCAUGGAGAACGGUGCCAGAUCAACAUACAAACCGGAGCCGCACUGAAUCCACGUGAUGACGUCACGCUGCACAUCAGCAUUCGGCCCAACGAGUCGGCGAUCGUUCGCAACACGCUGCAAAACCAGGUGUGGGGCGCUGAGGAACGUUACGGCGGCUGUCCCAUCAGCUAUGGGCAGUCGUUCGAUGUGCUGGUGCUGGUCGAGGUGAAUCAGUACAAGAUCGCAAUCAACGGAGUGCAUUUCUGUACGUUCAAUCAUCGUCUGCCGGUGCAUUCGGCUAGAUACAUUUCGAUUAGCGGUGGCUGUGUAAUCCAUUCGAUACUGUCGGAGAUGGACGCGUCGGGUGGAUCCGUGCCACCGUAUCCUGGAACCGCGGGGUCUGUUGGACCUCAUCCGCCACCGUAUGUUCCUCCGGCCUACCCACCAACCGGCAGCCAGAUUGGAUUCGUGCCGGCACCGCCCCCAAUGCCCCCACCACCACCGUACACUCCGUCGCCGGGCUAUCCCGUUGGCAACGCCGGCCACUAUCCAGGAGCCCCACCGUUCGUCCCACCAUACGGAGGCUAUCCGCAUCAACCAGUCUAUCCGCCAGCAACACCUUACUCGUCAGUGCAACCGACAGCUCCCUCACCAUCUUCAUCGAUGGCCAGUACCAUGCUGGCCACAACCACGGCCACCACAAAACCAACGGCAACGGUGAAAGAUUCCCUUAUCAGCGGAAUGCAGCAGACGAAAAACUUUCUGCACGAUGCCAUCUAUGGUAAGCCAACGGCUACGCCGGCCUAUCCGCAGCAACAAAUAUCAAGCCAACCUCCUUCCUAUCCAUCUCAACCAGCAGCCUAUCCAACCCAACAGCAUCCUCAUGGUUCACAGUACCCUUCCGUACCCUACCCUACGGCACCUGGACAACCCGGUCAGUAUAGUAAUCCACAGCAACAGCAGCCGAAAUCGUCUUCGGGUGGAUUUUUCGGGUCCGCUGGUACAGGCAUUGCAGCCACCGCUUUGGCAGCAGGAACGACCGCCGUGCUGAUGCAUAAGCUUCCUAAAAAGGCCAAAAAGUCCAAAAAAUUGAUGAAGUAUGCAGCCGGAGCAGGAAUGCUGGGUCUUGGUGGGUAUGCAGUCGGAAAGGGACUUCGGCGACGUAAGGGCAGUAGUAGCAGCAGUAGCAGUAGCAGUGAUAGUGAUUAGAGGCAUUAUGUUUAUGAAGAAAACUAUAAGCUUAUGCAAUAACGAAAUUUGUUAUCAACCGGAUGAUACCGUUUUUGAGCAUUGAUGUCAAUUUCAUUAUUAGAAACUAUUUGUUGAUCACGUGUUAUUUUGAAUAAAUUUACCAUAAUAGGGAGUUUAAAACAAUACCACAUAAGUUGAAGUGUAAUGUGAGGAACAAACUUUAAAAUUUAAAAUAUAUCUUUACAAGUUCA